AUGGCGAUUAUUGGAGAACAGUUUGAGGAUUUGGGCGAGUAUAUCUGUGGAGCUGUAGUGAAUGUGCGGCAGAAGGGAGAUAAGGUGUCAUUAUGGACUCGCGAUGCUACUCGCGACGACGUGAAUACUCGCAUUGGACUUGUGUUGAAAGCGAAGCUUGAUAUACCGGAUUCCGAACCUCUUAGAUAUACCGGUUAUACCGGUAGUGUCGGGUGA